UGCCCCCUGGUGUAUAUUCACUGGUUCCGCCCACUUCAGACUUUCGACGAAAACCUACAGAGUUUUCGUCUCACCAAGUCCUCGCAUCAACAUCGACCCAAUGCAGCCAUUCUACCGGUUGAUCAAGUGCUUCGUCCGGUUCACCUUGCGCCCCGGUUCAGUCGA